UGUUCAUUGUUGGGUUUUUGGGGUGUUACUCACUUGCCCACCAAAUCAUUUCGUCAAUUUUGGUGUAAAGUCUCAUCCUUUUUAAGGAUCUGCUAUUCUAGUCCUUGGUGGUGUGGAACAAGUGCAAGUGUGUGUGUUGUUGAGGAAGAUGAAGGGAGUGUUCUGGUUUGUAUUUGUAUCAGUGGUGAUUGCAGCAUCCAUUCCUGUCUCUCACUGUUCCAAGAAACCAGUGGGGGUGGCUAGAAAGGAGGACAUUCCGUAUAUCAAGUGCCAAGUUUGUGAGAAGCUCGCUAAGCAUUUGUAUCAGCAAGUUGAGAAUAAGAAAGCUGAGAUCGCUCCAAAGAAGAUCUCGGAGUACCAGAUUAUUGAGAUAGCAGAGAAUGUUUGUAAUCUGAAAAAGGUUGAAGCGGAUUGGAUAUUGCGCAUAGACAUUGUGGAAAAAGGAGAUAGGCUUGAGCUGGAGGAGCAUGACUCUGAGGGACAAUGCAAUUCUGAAUGCAAGACGAUUGAGAGAGCCUGUCAGGAGGUUAUAGGAUAUUCUGAUACCGAUGUGGCUGAAUAUUUGUAUAAAUCUAAGUCUGAUAUUGAUUCAUUGUUCAACUAUCUUUGCAAAGACUUGACUAAAGCAUGCAGUACCAAGCCUCCCCCUGUCCCCAAGGACAGGACUCCUGGUGAACCAUUUGUUGCGAAGUCUUCUAAGGAGGCUGAAAUGGAAAAGCUACUAAAAUCAAUGGAGGGCAUGCCAGGAGCACCCGGCAUGAAAAUGUACUCAAGGGAUGAUUUAAUGAACAUGAAGAAUUUCGGUGGUGAUGAAGACGAGGAUGAGGAUGAUGAUGAUCAGGCGAGCUUCCCCUCAAAAUUGGGAAAAGUUUUGAGAGACAAAGAAAGUGGAAAAAGUGACUGGAAACAGUUGAUAAAAAAAGGAAUUACAGACACAAGCAUGACGCUAAAGAAACAUGCAAACAGAAUUUCCAAUCAUGUACAAAAGUGGUGGAAGGGAAAAAAGUCAACCACAUCAAAGAAGAGUCCGAAGGCAGGGAAGUCAGAACUUUAGGACCUGCAUCUCUUGAUUUUUGAAGAACUACAAAGGCAUUCUCACGAUGUUUGGUUACAGGUACUACACCUAAGAUGUAGAGAGGAAGUAGACAUACGCGGAAACAAUCAAAUGAGAAUUUUACAGUCACCUCUUGGAAUGGCGUCUACAUGUAUUUUGAGUCAAUUGUUGAUCUAAUAGGGUGGGGUGUAUACUAGCUAAAUGAUGAAGUGUAUGAUGCUCCUUGAGUGGUAUAAUGUUCACCCUUCCCUUGAGUUUAAUGAACAGCUCUUUUCUGAAAGUUUUGACAAUCAGUUUACAAUGUCCUUUAA